GGUAAGGCUAUUACCAUGAAAGCCUUCGAUGUGUCCCCGAAGACGGGAGUGUGUUGACGAUGCUUGGCCCCGUUAAAUUCCUCGCCAAAACGAACGACUACAGGAGAUCCAGAAACAGUCCCACGGUUGAGGCCGGCCAUCGUAUGUCCCCGACAUUCGUGCCUUUUGACACGCCGGACGAGGAUCUUCCCGGUAUAGCAAUGACAGAGAGACGGAGGAUGCCACAUAGUUUUCCAACGCAGCAGACGUCAGCGAGUGGGGGUCGGCGCCGCAACAAACAGAGCCAGCUGCGUCGUCCACCUGGCGAGGAUGAGCAUGGUCCUCCUGUGGGUUCGUCCCUCCGGAUGGAGUGUGUUGGACCGUCUCAACCGUCCAGCCGGCAAGACCAAGGCACCCCUGUCAUCACAUACAAAAGGAAGGCCCUACCAACUCGUCCCUCUCCCAGUUGCCAGAAGGACGAAGGUGGUGCGUCCAGGAAGGCCGCGAUGCGGGAGAUAAGCGAAGGAUCGGACAAGGAAACGGAGGACGAUUCUAGGGUAUGUGUUGAUCGACAUCCACAGGGUAAUCAUGCCGUCGACGAUGACGAAUGUGGUGUCGAUAAGGACGACGUCGAAGAGGAGAACAGCGAGAGGGAGAGAGAGAGAGAGGAUCGUGAGGAAACUACGCACGACUGCGAGGGUGGGGAGUCUCAACAAUACUAUGAGGAGGACGACGGGGGCGAUGGAGAAAACGAUCAUGCCUAUCUUGUAGGUGAUGACGAUGGACGGCAAGAGCGGUCGGCUGAUGUGGGGGUCAACGACGCAACAGGAGAGCGGUCAGAGGCGAGUGUCUAGAAAAGGAAGCAACAAUCUUCAACAAGUCCAACGGCGGCGGCGGAUAAGCGCGCUGCGAAGGAACUCACCGUC